AUGAGCUCCAAUGUGGGAUCCUCUGGGGUAAAUGUCUCAAGGAGAGAUGGAGAUCCAAGUUCUGAAGAUGCUGGUGAAGGAAGAAGUACCAGUGAGACUUAUACCCCAUGCUUAGAGGGAAUGGUACCUGCUGAACAGGCUGAAGAAGGAAGACCGAGUAGUGUGAAGCAGCUGGUGAGACCUGCGCUGCCCGGGAGGAAGGCACAUAGAAAGACCUGCAGCAAGGAUUACAAAGAAAGGUGGCGAGAGGGAAACCAAGAUGGGGAAGAGGAUUAUCAAAAUGAUGGACACGUAGGAGAAAGAAAACAUGGGAAACAAAGGCUGAGAAGGACUGAUGGAGCUGAGAAACAUAGAGAUGCAUCACGGGACAGAGAGAGGAAAGAAAGUACAGAAAGCUUGUCCAGCUGCAGUUCUGAUGACCAGGUAAACGGCACUACUGAAGCUGCAGGAGAAUCAAACAGCUUAAGAGGACGCAUACAUCCAAGACCCCUCAACACCAGUUUAAGCCCACAAUCCCCUUGGCCAGCAAUGAGGACCCUGUCUCUUCCUCUUCCUCAAUCCACCAUCCAAACCAAACCCAUUUCUUCGAACCCUCCGAGACUUCCCUCCAGGACAGCUGCAGGAGAACUCUAUCACUACUCCUCUUGCUCAUCCAGGGAGACAGAUCCAUUCUGGGCGGAUGUAAGAUCAGAGACAGCAAUCAGACGGACCCGACAAAGCCAUCACGUUCAGACACCUAUCUCAUCUCUUACUGGAUCUAGGGUAGAAGAAGAUGAUGAAGAGGAAGGAGACGAGGGAGAGGGCUUGGGAGAUGGUGAGGAAGGAGGAAGCAGUGUGUUGGAGAUGGUGAGUCAAAGCGUGACCUCAGCGAUGGUGCCGCUCUGUGACUCUUUUGGGGAGCGGAGGAUGAAUAAAAGAGAGAAGAACAGAAUGAAGUGCCUGAGGAGGCGGCAAAGGAGACGGGAGAGAUGGAGACAGAGUCAACUACAGGAGAGCAGACAGGUAAACGACACAAUUACUUAAACUUAAACACAAUCAUGGGCGCUAAGGUCACUGCGAACAAGUGAUGUUGACGUAAAAGAGGGGAAGUACCACUGAAGUUUUGUGUUCCAAAAGUAAAACAAAACUACAGUUCUGGGGGUGAGGGUUAGAGCCGUGUACUCUUAUGUUGAUACAAUGCUAACCUUUUUUUUAAGUAUUACAAUCUGAUCUACGUUUGGCGAAAUGUGUUCCAAUGCUUAAGACUGGUUUUACUGUCUCGAGAUAUCACUGAAUUACAUGCUAAUUUCAGCAUCAUCACUGUGUAUGGACACAACCUUGGUUUUCUUAGCAAGUAGUCAAUCUCUAAGGGAACCUUGUAAGACACACUGUGAGUAAACCAAGCUCAAAACCAGGUUUCUCAAAGGGUCCCCAUGGAACUGCACAGGCUUGGUAAUCAAAUGAACCGUUGCAGUCACCAGAGUGCAUGAUUUAUCACUACUCCUUGCUCAGGAGCUCAAGUAUGUCCAACCCUGUGAGACGCUAAGGUCAGGCCUGAAAGGAUUGACCACCAUCAAGUUAUUAGAUCCCCACCAGCCCCCGCCAGCACAGGGAAACAAUGGCCUCAUUAUAUGGUAGUAUGGUAGCAACAUUCAGAGAGAACCUGCUACCUGCUACCAGCUGGAAAUCAAUGAACUGAUGAGUCUAGUAUUGAGUCUUGGAAAUAUCUACAUCAGCUGCCCUGUGGGGGUUGAUUCUUGUGUAUCUGGAAUAUGGAACUUAUCUUAAUACCAAAUUUAGGUUAGGCUACAUCAGCAUUUCACCAAACAUCACACGACUGAUGACUCACUUACAUGAAAGAGCUGGACACCAGACAUCAGAUAGUUGGAGAACAGUCAAUGUCCCUUAACUUCCUGGACAGAAUAAUCAAAUUUAUAAAGCUGUUCUGCACAGCUGUUGGCAAAUGAUGAGUUUCUCUUCCACAGUUGUAUACAGCGAAAUGAAUCAAAUGUUGAUCUCGUCACUUAAUCCAACAAUCAGCAGAAAGAAACUCUAGAUAGAAAUUCUGUUCUGAUUAGAUUCAACAAUGACACAUGAAAAAUAGGCUCAGAUCAAAGAUUGUAGCACAACUUUAGGACAGUCUAUAAAGAUCAGCCAUUAUGAAAAUCUGCCCAUAAUGUUCUGCAAGUUCCCUCUCAUCCGCUCAGGGCCAAAACCACACCAACCUCACUAGACACAGGCUGAUCCUGGUCUCACGGAAGUUGGUUAAAACUUUUAGGGAGUAAGUGUACACAGCAUUGCUGAAUUUCUCAAGAGACUCUUGGUGAUUCAUAGUAAGGUCCUUCAAUUAUCUUACUGAUCCACUUAAAGGCCUGUUUAUGCUGGAUAGAGGGCAAACACAGAGGAAGCAAGGAGGAAUAUGCAUGUGUGGGUUGAUGUGUGUGCGUGCAUGUGUGUGCGUGCAUGUGUGUGUGUGCAUGGGUGGCAUAAGGCAAAAAAAAAAAAAUCAGAAUAAUGUUGCUGCAUUGUGUCCACUUUUCCCUGUGUGUAGCCACUUGUGUGUGUGCAUGUGUGUGUCUGUUCAUUUCAUCUAGAGUCCGACUCUUGACAGCCCUAUCAGCACCCAGCUCAUCUCAAUAGCCGUUGUCUAUGUGGUUUAAAGUGGGGUUACAUCUGAAUUAGUUGCAUGAUGAUGAUGAGGCUUGGGCAGAGAGCCCUUCAGAGCAGCCAGACAAAAGAGCAACGUCUGUACUGAUUAGCUGCUGCAGAUCUACAGUAGACUGGUAGACUGAAAUUGUUCUUGCUGCUGAAUUAGAGACAGUUAAAUACUAUUAGAGGCUCUGAAACAGAGAAAAUCCAUGUCCUAAUUCCAAGCCCCCCAUGCUGAUUACAUUGUUUAAAGUGGAGAUUUUCCGUCCUCCCUUUUAUAACUGUGUGGGGGUUAAUAUCCUAACAUGGUGUAGAUUUAAAAUACACACGUUAUCUGGCUAUAGCAGACAGAAAUGUCUCGACUGAAGGAUCAUUUUAGGGGAAACAACAGAUAUUAGAGCCACCAUGAGGACAACUUGUGGGUUUUUAAAAUCUUUUCCAACUUGCUAUUCAAAAGCCGUAGCAUAAUUUAGCAACUUAGCUUGGAUUAGCUUUGCUUCAGUUAGUUGCUAACCUAGCUCAUCCAAAAGUUAAAAAAAGACCCAUGAUAUGUCACAUUUCACAAAUAUGAACACAAACAGAUAGAAAUAAUGUUCUCAAACUUUCAUCAGGUGACUUCAUUGCUGGUGUUGUUGUCAUGUAGGCUUUAACCAAAGAUACUAGCUAGAUAGAGAGAUGCUAGCACAGAUAGCAGUGGCAAACUACAGAUCACUAAUAUUACGCGACUUAAUUCUAGAUUUGUGGUAUUAAUGUUUGUGUGAGCUAUGAUAGCACUUUAGACCUUUUAUAAUGCUUUAUCCAUAUGUCUGCGUCUCUGUGGCUUCCAGUGCUUGAACUAUGCUAAUCCUCGUACUAAGAGCACACUCAUGAGGACUGAAUUAAUCAUUUUAUCCAACUCGAAGAGAGGUGAAUAAGCUUGUUGGUCAAAUUACUCCCUUAAACUGGCUUUCAUUGGGAGGACAUUGAUUAAACUUGUUGGGUCAUUUGUCAUCAUCAAGGCUUACUAAGUGUGUGUGCUUUCCUCUCAGCUCUGUUACACUUUGCACAGUUUGACUCAGCCUCACUUAGGAGCUGCUCACUAAGACCCCUGCACUUCUGACACUUUAGGACUCUUGACACUUCAGACUUAAGGAUACUUUCUAGGGAACCUUGACAACAGCCCUGACAAUAAAUUCCUCUACCUCUAUUAUCACUUUGUUCUUUAGGAACCACUUGAUCACACAUUAAGGUUUAAUUUUUAACAUAUUUCACAAUUUCAGCAAUAAGGUAAAUAGGCAGUUAUUCACAUUUCCUAUAUCUCUGUCUGAAGUCAAUAUACAGUAUAUACCUCAUGACAGAAUCUUGUGUAACUAGUAAGUACUACUGUGUACCGUAACAGUAGGCCAGAGGUUCAGAUGAGUGAUGUUGACACCAAUCUUUCCUCAAGAAGUGUUUUCCUCCCGAUGAUGGCUAAUUUGUGCCGGAUAUUUUUGCUUCUGCUGCUCUAUUGCUGCUCUGUGUCAGCUGUACUUGCUUUGUUUAAGGAUACCAGUACUGCUGAGUUUAUCAGUCAAAUCUAGCAAAGGUUCAAAACAAAGAGGCUGUGAUGCUUCCCUUUGAUAAAGAAGGGUGAAUUUUUUCAUUAUGCUCAGAUUUAUCGAUGUAACCAAGACAAAGCGGCCAUGUCACCAUGCAUGUUACCAAGGGAGAGUCUCAUAACCCAUGAUAACUUGAGAGCUGUGUGUUCUGUCUUCUCGGUUAAUGACACACCUUGGGAGGCAGGGCUGACACAACAGGAAAGUCCCAGGAGCUCCCCCUGGGCGAGAAAGUGGUAAUUACUCUGGAAGCGCCCCCCAAGCCUUAUCAAGAGUGGAGCUUUAUAGACACAAAUCUCUGAAGGUCUGCUGUGACAAAGCAGGCUCUUGUCCACCCACUCAUAUGAGUUAUGGUUGGAAUGAAUUGGGUGCAUGCAUUUGGGUGCGUGGACUCCUCAGAGGCUUAAGAAAACAGGACAUCAAUAGCAUAAAAAUAUCUUUUGUUUUGUGAAAUUAUGUUUACAUGAGUCAUACUGUACCUUUUGCUUAUCCUACAAUAGCUUGCUCUUAAGUAGAAACACUCUACCCCACACCUUGUUAACGGUACAGUGAGUGGGGUUUGAUUUAGGUCUUGCAUCAGGCACAUGUUGUUCUUUCUAUGAAUAGUAUUUAUGCUUUAAGGUAGAAUGAAAGAAACUGUAGGAAGGUUGGCAUAUUAUACCUCAGUAAACUCACACCUGACGCCCUAAUGUCCUCACAUGUAUUAUUUCUUACUACAGAUGGCUGUCAAGACAUUUACACUCCUUGAAUUAGGUUUAUGAAGGAGGAGAUUGUUUUGACUGUUAAACUGAAUCUCAAAGGGACAGCAGGAAAAAGACAUUUUUACCUGUAUUUAUAGUAUGCUAGUGUGAUGACAUCUUGUAGCGAUAAUGUAUGUUAUGUCACUUGUUAAUGUGGCUGUCUCAGAAGCUCUCCAUGUGGACAUGAUCCUGCAAAAAUGUGUUGGCUUCAGGAUUUAAGCCAAAGAGAUUAAGUCAUAGACAAAGCACAUGUAAAAAACAAAAAAAAACAAAACACCAGUUUCCUCAAAACGCCUUGCUGCAGAUGGAUUUAAAUUGCCUCACUGUUCUAACAUUAUAAUAAGCAGCAACAAGCAAAAGUAUGCAGUAACAAGAACAUGAAUUUUACUUGUGAGUGGGAAGAAAAUAAUCAAACUAACCAUAACAUAAAAGACUGAAAAAUAUUAAAAAUCUAUGAGUAACAGACACUAAAAAAAUGUAUAACCUUUGCUAGGGAUCUUUAUAUUAACAGGUUUCUUCCACACUCACACAUGCUUUUUAUAUUUUAUAUGAUGUAUUUCUUAUUGAAUUUGUGCAAUGUUUAUUAGGCUAUAUUCUCUGUCUUGUAUGGAUGUAGAUGUCUGUGUCAUUCACGUUUUUAUGCUCUUGGUACAAAGAAAAUUCCCUUCAUUAAGGCCCCUAUGAGGAGUAUUUUGACAUUUAUGAAAUAGGCCAAAGUUCAAACUGAUAUCUUUUCAUGAUACCCCAAAAACAAACAGGACAACCAGGGAAAGAUCACCGUAUGUUGUCAUUUUUAAAGCCUGAAACUGGUGUGAGGGGUCAAGUUUCAGCCAAGCAGCUAAAGAAACAGCCCUGUCUUUAUAGUUUUAAUGUAAAAUAUUGACAAUAAAUGUGAUACUUGUAAAGGACGAGAUAAGGAAAGACUGCUGUGUCCACAGGGGGGCACCAAAAUUGACACAAACGGAAAGUUCCCCAAAGGAGCUUUAAAAUACAUUUUGAAAAAGAAUAAGAUGAACAGAAAGCAGGACUUUAUAUGUGACUAAAAACUUUUAUAAAAAAACUAAAAACCCUUUUUUUUUUCCUUGGGGGGGGAAAUUUGUCCUCCAGCCAAGAAAACAGAACAUAUGAGAAAACUGUUUUAUCAACUGUAUUAUUAAAAGAACUCAAAAGCUUGACAGUCAAAUAAAAGAGUUUUUCAUUCUGCUAAACUUAGUCCUUGGAAAGUUAAACCUCAUAAUAGAAGCUAGAGGCUCGGCUGCAAAAGGAAAAGCUAAAAUGUCUUGGACCUUAGAGGUUGCUUUCAUGUGUGUUGGGUCAGACAGUUCAACUCCAAUGAUUUGAUUUGCCGCCUAAAUGACAAGCAGCAACCUGUUCGAGUGUUGGAUUAAAAACGCCAAAAAGAUAGAAGUCAAUAAAAACUUACAAAUAUCAGUUAGUGGUUGUCGUAGCCUUUCACAUCCAUUUGAUUUGUCAUUGUUACUGCCUCUCCCAGAGUUCCACAGGGAACCCAUCGAGCAGCAGCAGCGAGGAUGACGAGGACUUGGGCGCGGGGGACAGAGAAGGCUACAUCUGUGCCGUGUGCUUGGACGUGUACUUCAGCCCUUACAUGUGUCACCCAUGCAACCAUAUCUUCUGUGAACCCUGUCUGAGGACACUGGCCAAGAACAGCCCCACAAACACUCCCUGCCCCCUCUGCAGAACAAUCAUCACACACGUCUUCUUCCAGAAGGGUGAGCUAAUGGGCACAAAGCACUUUCUGUACCAUUUACAUGAUUUGAAAAGCUUAUCUCUUCCACUUCUGACUCCACUCAGCAAGUCGAGGUUGAACAACACGAGAGGAUUGAACUUUCAGAUAAAGCAAAAACAUGCUGUUUAAAGUGGAAUCCUCCGUGACAGUGUAACAGUCAAUGUUUGCAGCUGUGCGUGUAUUGUUUUGUCUGUUUGCUGCUGCACGUAUGACACCUAAACUGCAGAUUGUUCAGAGGGCCCAGCUGCAGAUGUCCCAAAGGGAGCAGAGCAGACCUUUAGUUCAGCUCUCACCAGAUGAGUCACCCAGACCGAAAAGACAAAAUCAAACGCAACCUGACCACUUUUAUUUAGUGCUUUCUGAUGUACAAACACUCCUUACAGGAAGUAAAUGCAUUGUUUUAUAAUAGAAAAAAAAAACACGUGAAAAGAAAAUGUACAAAAAGAAUAAAACCGUCAUCUUAAAUGUGACUUCUUUCAGCAACAUUGUAAAGAUAAUAUUUUCACACAGAUCAGAUGCUUGGAAAUAUAGGAUGGAUUUUAUGUAACCUCAUGAUGGCUGCACACUGAUUGCAUGGGUUGUGGUCUGAUUUGGACAAAGCUAUGAAUAAGUAAUGGAGUUCUGUGAUUCACUUUGGCCUACUUCUGGCUGUAUGUAGGAGAAAUGGAGCGGCAGCAGGGACACUGCUGUGGCCAUAAAAAGGCAGAGUGGCUGUGGUUAUGAGCACUGCAGACACACUGAGGGCUCUUGUGAGUGAUUAGGUGACAAGGAUUGUAGAUUAGAUUCUUGUGUUGAUUAUCAAAGCCAAGGUCACACUGAAACAGAACAGGAGGAGAACGAGGGAGAGUGGGGAUGCUGCAUCGGCCGCUUUACUUUGAAUAAAUCAAACACAAUCUAUCCAGGCCAUCAAGAAGUGGAGGUGUGAAUAAGAUGUGCACUUUUGAUAAUAUUGUGUUGGUCUCUCUCUCUUUUUUUUUUUUUCCACAGAGCUUAACCAAACAGCGAGGACAUUCUUCCCAAAGGAAUACCUUUCCCGGAAACAAAAUUUCCAGAAAGCCAGUUGUGCAAAGUGGCCUUUACCAAGCUGCAGAAAACUUUUCCGCAUCUUUGGAGGCAAGUUUGAAAUCAUGCUGAUUCUCUGUGUUCAGGAUAAUUGAUUGGAUUUGUCCAUUCCAGCUGCAGUUAAGGAUCCUGUAUGUCUGCAAGUAAGACUGUUCAAUUUUAAAGGUUUCUUGAAUGCAUUUGAUCAUCUUAGUUCACACGAUACAAACAGAGGUGACUGCUUUUCUCUUUAAAACAUGUACUCCAUAUUACACACCGAGUGUUGGAGUGACCUUAGGAGAAGCAGUGGUGGAACAUGUCCUCAAAUUAGUUUCUAAUUUGUUCAACUAUUGACCCAUACCACUAAUUAAAGCAAUGUGAGUCCCAAAAUACUCUUUUUUUUGAGUACACUGAUAGCUUUAAAAAUAUGACAUAAUGCAUUUAAACUUUAUCUGAGGUUUGCAGCAUCAGGGAGUACAGUAGAACAUCAUGAAGACACUGUAUCAGGCCAUAUUUACCUGUUUAUGAUUAGAUAUCAGUAUAGUUGCAUGACUUCUGACACUUCCAGUACAAUAAUUCCUCCUGAAAAAUGAAAAGAACCACAAAAUUUUCGUUUUUGCUACUGAUUUAAUUUAUUAUCUAAACAGUGUUUCACAAAUGUAUCCACCCUGAGAAGACUUGGAUUUGAGUAGUCCAAAAGAAAUAGUCAUGCUGUUAAACCCUUUCAAUUACAAGCAAAGACUCUGAGGUACGCUCUAUUAUAAAUUUCCUUGUGUUGCAGUUGCAGUGUGGCAUGGGAAUACAUAUAUACAGAUCAUCUAAACUGCAGUGGAGAGAGUGGAGAGAUUGGAUCUGCCUUUCUACUUCGUCUCCCCUUUCUUUUUGCCUUUGAGCAUGAAUGUUCACAUGUUAAUAAUACCGAGCUGGAUCUGCUUCCUGUCAUCAUCAGCUCACCACUCAUAAAGAUUUUGAUCUAGUGUCAUAUGAGACCCAAAACGAUGCCAUAAGGUCAACUGCUAUUUCAGUCCCCUCUUGUGUUUCUCCUUCUGCAUUAUUUACUGUUGCAAUUGUCUAUUCUGGUACCAGUCAAUCAAAAUAGGAAGGUUUCAUUUUUCACCCACACCAGGCUUCCAGAGACAGUCCAGUCCCAUCGCUCGUCAGUUCCCCCAUGGAGGAGGCUACCACCUGGACGCGCUGGAUUUUGAGGACGAUUCUCGCGGCUGGCACUUUGACAUGGACAUGGUCAUAAUCUACAUUUACUCCGUCAACUGGGUUAUUGGCUUUUUCAUAUUCUGCUUCCUAUUCUACCUCUUCUUCCCUUCUUUUUGA